CCGGUUUGUAAAACUACCGAGAGAGGGAAGUUUAAGAUUGUCGCCGAAAUUCUGUGCUGGCGAGAUUGCGCUUAACGGGCUCCGAGAAGGGCAGAGAAUAACUCCUUAUGUAAAGGUAACGCCAAUGAUUGAGUGUCUGGACCAGAUCAGAACCAUGACCCAGUCCGGGCCCUUCUCCGAGCGGGUGGUGGAGUUCUGGGUGGGCAAGGCGGUGGAUUGGGGGCAGUCCACCUCCUCUUUGGAAAGGGCCGACGUUCGAGCUCACCUGCCCAAACUCAGGAUCUUCCUGCGGCAGCUGCUUCAAGAGCUGCAGCUCACACGUUCCACCACAGAAGCAAUGGGCCGCCUUCCGUUCUUGGGCCAGUUGGUGGGCAGGCUGUGCUGGAACCCGUGCGUUAGCACUGACGGGGAGAGUCUGGACUGUCUACUUCAGUGCCUGUGGUGGCUGUACAGCAGUGAGCCGCAGAACGCCGUGGAGCGGAGGGCCAACCAGUGGAUCCGGAAUUUACUGUAUCACCUCUCUGUGGAGGAGGGACACGGUUCAGCCGGUAGUACCGGGAGUGCCGUGAGACGCUCGGAACGUGCACCACACACACCGACCGACCAGCGCUUACUGUUUCUGAGAAACAUGGUGGCGCUGUUGGAGAGGGAGGUCAGUGGGAGCUGCUGCCCUGGGGUUCACCCGGCUGAGAGGUGUCCGUGUGACGACGUGCGCGGUGCCUCGGUGACGUGCACCGCUCUGGUCACGUGUCCCGAAGCGGCCCCUCUGAUUGGUGCUCUCCUGCAGCACCCAACGUCGUGCGACAGAGCGUCUCUCAGCGAAGACUUCCUGGACGCGCUGAACGCUGCCCUGCUGGGGAAGCAGCUGGUUCUUGGAGAGCAGGCGUUAAUGGGCCUGUGGCACCACAGCCUGCCCAGUUUAGAGGGAGCCGUCCUGGACCUUGUGGAGUCCGCUCUCUCGAACCCGUCUCCAUCUCCUCAGGACCUGGAGCAGCGAGUGGCCGAUUCUCUUCUGCCCAAAGCUUCUGCCCAUCACCAUCCCAUGUUCCUGGUUGUCAAUGAUGUGUUCCGAAUCCUGUUGGUGGAGACACGGGGAAGCCCCGCCCUGAGAACUCUCAUACAGACCUUCACACGCUGUUUUCUCCUGUCGCUCUGCCUCCUCGACCCACAGGAGAGGCUGUCCCUGAAGGUGUUCUUCCCUCAUGCUGCUCAGUCUCUGCUCAUGCCCCUGCUGCAGCUUCCCACAGAUGUUCCGGAGGAGGCGUGGCCAGAGCACCUGCUGCUGAUCAGCUGCUCGUUGCAGAAGGUGGAGGAGGAAGAGGAAGAUGCUGCCAGGAGGCGCUGUGGGCUGUUUGAGAGCUGGUUCCUCCUGGUCCAGGCUGGCUUCUGGGUGGAUGUGGCUGUGCAGCUGCUGGUCAUGUCUGGGCCAGAGACGACGCCUUCACUGCUGUGGCUGCUCACCUUCUACUACCACCCUGUUCACCUGGAGGAGCACAGGGCUCGCACACUGGCAAUGGCUGGAGAGGCCCUGGAUCUCCUGAGGGCACUCUUCCUCUCUCCUCCUCCUCUUCCUCCAACGCGCAUCCAGGCCCUGGAGAGAAUGAGCUCCACCUGCCCCCACCUGCUCCUCCACCUGCUGGUCAACUUUGCAGUCUUCUCCCAUGGCCCCUUCAGCGUCAUCUCUGAGGUCGUACGCCAGGUGGCAGUGCAGCCGGGCCGGUGCCGCGAGGCGGAGGCGAUGGAGAUGAUGGCCGCGGCGGCGGCGCUCCUCGCCAGGGUGGAGCGUAGGCUGAGCCGCCGGCCCGACCCGGAUCCCAGGGUCCGGUCCAGGCUGAGGGCCGUCCAGGAUGCACUGGUACUGCAAAGAACUGCGUGAAAACAUGCUAGAAAACUACACUUUGCACACAAGGCACUGUGUGAAAACAACCAAUCCUAAAACUACCCUUUACACACAAGGCACCGUGUGAAAACAACCAACCAACCCUAAAACUAACUUUCACGUGUAAAGAACCCCGUGAAAACAACCAACCCCAAAACUACCCCCAACACACAAGGUACCGUGUGAAAAUGACCAACCUCAGAAAUGCCCCUUACACUCAAGGAACUGUGCAAACUAUUAACCAAAAAACUGCCACUUAAAUGCAAGUACAGUGUUUUGUGUUGGUAUGUCAUUUUCUUUCAAAAUGUGGAUCCUGUGUACAGAUUUCAGUGUAUAUAGUUACUUAGAGUGUAAUUGGCCUAGAGUAACGAUGCCAUGAGUCUUAAAAAGUACAAAAAAUGUCCAAUGAUUCAGGCUGUAGUAACUUCCUGUGAGUUACAUCCUAUUCCCAUGCCAGUCCAGGAAAUGCAAUCCAAAAUGUGUUAUUAGGUGUUUAAAUUAACAAACUACUGCUCAUUAAAUAUCAAAAAUAUAUUUACUGCACAAUCCUUA